GCUGGGUCACCACUCCCUUCUUGGCAUCACUCACCUGCAGACUCCGAACUCUGCAGACGCCCCGAAACUCUCCCAAACUUCCCAGAACUUUCCAGAGCUCUCCAGGCCCUCCAGGCUCCAGGACCCUGCAGCAUGUCGGGCAUCGCGGCAACCUUGCAGCACCGCCGGGAAAAGGACCAGGGCAUCGGCACCAACCAGCGGGCCGUGAAGUACCUGAACCAGGACUACGAGUGUCUGCGGCAGCGCUGCUUCCAGACCGGAAGACUCUUCUGCGAUGACACUUUCCCGGCAGAGAGCUCGUCCCUGGGCUUCAACGAGCUGGGGCCCCGCUCCUACAAGAUCCGGGGGGUCACCUGGCAGAGACCCACGGAGUUGACCUCCUGCCCUGAGUUCAUCAUCUCUGACGCAACAAGGACCGACAUCUGCCAGGGUGCUCUGGGUGACUGCUGGCUGCUCGCUGCCAUUGCCUCCCUCACCCUGAACAAAGAGGUUCUUGCUCGAGUCGUCCCACAUGACCAGAGCUUCAGAGACGGAGAAUACGCUGGAAUCUUCCACUUCGAGUUCUGGCAGUUUGGAGAGUGGGUGGAUGUGGUGAUCGAUGACCGUCUGCCUGUUAAAGAUGGAGAGCUGAUGUUCGUCCACUCAGCGGAGGGGAGAGAGUUCUGGAGCGCUCUGCUGGAGAAAGCCUAUGCCAAAUUGAAUGGGUGUUAUGAGGCUCUCUCUGGAGGAUCGACCACGGAGGGUUUCGAGGAUUUCACUGGAGGAAUCGCUGAAGUCCAUGACCUGAAUAGACCUGAUCCUCACCUGUUCCACAUCAUCCAAAAGGCUCAGGCCCGAGGCUCUCUGAUGGGCUGCUCUAUCGACAUCACGAGCUCAGCUGACUCUGAGGCUGUCACUCGUCAGAAGUUGGUGAAAGGCCACGCCUACUCUGUGACAGGAGCAGCUCAGGUGGAGUACCGUGGAGACAUGGAGAAACUGAUCCGGAUCAGAAACCCGUGGGGUCAGGUGGAGUGGACAGGAGCGUGGAGUGAUAACUCGUCAGAGUGGCGUUACAUCAGCGAUGAGGACCGAGAGCGUCUGAGCCACUGCUCAGAGGACGGAGAGUUCUGGAUGUCCUUCAACGAAUUCCUGCGGCAUUACUCCCGGCUGGAGAUCUGUAACUUGACACCCGACGCCCUGACCGACGACUCGCUCUCCAAGUGGAGUCUGUCCAAGUUUGAUGGCACCUGGAGGAGAGGGUCAACGGCCGGGGGCUGCAGGAACUACCCCAACUCGUUCUGGACCAACCCUCAGUUUUUAAUCAAGCUGGACGAGGAGGACGACGACCCUGAUGACGGCGAGGAGGGCUGCAGCUUCGUGGUCGGUCUCAUCCAGAAGAACCGCAGACGCAUGAGGAAGAUGGGCGAGGACAUGCACACGGUGGGAUUCGCCAUCUACGAGGUUCCUGAUGAGUUCUGCGGUCAGAGGAGCGUCCACCUCAACAGGAACUUCUUCCUCAGACACGCCUCCAAAGCUCGCUCCGAAACCUUCAUCAACCUGAGAGAGGUCAGCAGCCGCUUUGUCCUGCCGCCAGGGGAGUACCUGAUCAUCCCAUCCACCUUUGAGCCCAACAAGAACGGAGACUUCUGUGUGCGAGUUUUCUCUGAGAAGCAGGCCGAGUUCCAAGAGCUGGACGACCCCAUCAAGUCCCGAGUGGAGAAGAUCGAGAUUGACGAGGACGACGUGGACGAUCGAUUCAGAGGACUGUUCAGUCAGCUGGCCGGAGGGGACUGUGAAAUCUCGCCCUUCGAGCUGAGGAAAAUCCUCAACAAAGUGGUGGCUAAACGUUCUGACAUCAAGACGAGCGGCUUCAGCCUCACCACGUGUCGUAACAUGGUCAACCUUCUGGACAAAGACGGCAGUGGAAAGCUGGGUCUGGUGGAGUUUAAAAUCCUGUGGACAAAGAUCGAGAAUUACCUGAAAAUUUACCGUGAGAAAGACGUGGAUAAUUCUGGUACCAUGAGUUCCAUGGAGAUGAGGACGGCCGUGGAGGAAGCAGGCUUCAGUCUGGACAACUCGCUCAAUCAGGUCCUGGUCGCUCGUUACAGUGAACCUGAUCUCACCGUGGACUUUGACAACUUUGUCAGCUGUCUGAUCCGUCUGGAGACCAUGUUCGACACAUUUGCGGCGAUGGCCAAAGGUUCAGACACCGCUGAGUUUACCGUCCUGGAGUGGUUGAACGUGUCUCUGCUCUGAUCCCCGUCCUUGCCCUCCUCAGAUGGAACUGUCACUGGCGUUUUUGGUUUACGUGCCUGAUCGGGGUCAAAGGGACCAUUUAUACGGGUUGGUUUAAUAUAAGAGUGUAACAGAAACUGGAUCAAUUAUAUUUCAAUCAAUAAAGACAAUCAAAUCAA